AUGAACUCGUCAUCAGUUCAACGUGCAUUGUCGAUAAAAGAACUACUCUGCGAACUGUUCUCGUACUCAAGUGCGAGUGAAAAUGCAACAAACGGUCGCGUUUGCAAGGCAUGGUUCGACGAGGCGCUCAACUACACCUGGUCUGCCAUCGAAAUACGCUGCCUAGUCUCGUUGCUGGCGCCAUUGAAAGUCUCAAACGGGAAUUUUAUAUUCACUCGCGGCAUAGGGGUUGGCGACUGGGCACGCUUCGACGCAUAUGCAUGGAGGGUUCGAAAGCUAACCUUCAGUGGACGCUGGGAACAAUCAUCAGUAUUCGCGGAAAUCGCCAUCACCAGACCACGGAUUGAGCUUCUACCUAAUCUGACUUCGUUGACGUUCACGACCUACGUCCCAUACAAGACUGUAACACUGUUUGGUCACUCGGCGGUCCAGUCCCUGGCGCUUCCAGACACCGUCUUAUUUGUCCCAGAAAACCUUGAAAUCGAAAAUGAUUCACAAUCCAAACUUGGCUACCUAUCCACCCGGAUGCCCGACCUACGGGCAUUGUCCAUACAGUAUAAAUACGACGAGCCGCGCACUGUCGCUUCCUUGGUACAAUUUCUAGGACCUACGCUUCGCGACCUCCCAUUUCUCGAGAGCCUUAAGAUUCCCGACUUUUGGAUGACGGGCACACUUAUUCAUCACCUCGCAUUGCACCCUCGCCUCCGAUGUAUCAAAGCAUUUCCAACGGGCAGACCAUUCGAUCUUGCUAUCGCCCUCCCGCCAUCCGCUGUUCAUUUCCCCUCCCUCGACUGCCUUGCCUUGACCAUGAGCUUCAACAACGCAACAUGGUUAGCUCAACUACAUAACACCAAGGGCUUGACGUCUUUAUCCCUCAGAUACCUCAGAUCCACUUCUUUGCAAGACGACUGGCCCCCGCUUCUUGGGAUCAUAACGUCCCAGUUCCGAUCCCUUGAAGAACUCAGCCUUGCCUCAAAACAUGGAUGGCGUACAACCCCUUCUGCCGCUGACUUGAGGGCAGUUUGCUCUCUGCCUCGACUGAGGACAUUUCACCUUCUAUCCCCGUACAACUUAGAAACAGAUAUCGACGAGGCUUCCUUGGUCUCGAUAUUCCGGGCAUCGCCUCAGCUUGAAUCAUUCCGAAUACCACAUGCAUCUGCCAUCCGGCUCUCUUGUAUCAACGAACUAGCACCCAUCGCCACAAACUUGGAAAUUCUUGAACUUACCUGGUCCGCCUCUGCGGUCCCCAUUCACGCGCUCCAUCGGUUUCCCCGAUUAGCACACCUGUGUGGUUAUAUUGACGCAAGCACUGUCAAUACAGAGCAAGUCGCGCGGUUCAUGAGCCGUGUCCUUCCUGCAGAGUGUACGGUGUAUUUCGAGCCACUAGACGACUCAAAUCCCGAUUGGUAUAUGAUCGACGAAUUUCUUUCAGCGUUUCGGGAUGAGGUUCAUGGAUAA